AUCAGAAGUGAGCAGCCCCUGAUAGACACUAACAUAAAAAACAUAAAAAUAGAAAAGUAUCUACGGCCAACAUUGAGUAAAUAAAUAAUAAUAAUUACAACUGUCAAUAAAAAUAACAGUCCAGUGUUCGUAUUGGUAUUGUGAAUGAUUUUCCGAAAUUAGAAUUAAAUAGAAAGCUAAUUAAGUACGCAAGUUCGCUGAUAAAUUUUUAUACAAUGGCAACGUCUGAAAAUGAUAAAUGUCAAAAAACGGAUGACAAAACAGAAGAUGAUGAACAAGAAUCUCAUCCUUCAUCUAGUAAAGAUGAUGAUCUUUCUGGAAUCGAAAAAAUGUCUAAGUAUUUAAUGUCCAAGCUGACGCUUAGUGACACUGAAGAAAAAAUGGGUGUAAAAGCGAAACAAAUCUUACAGGAAUUAACUAUUCGUGGUAUUGUUGAUUUUAUCAAAGAGAAUAAGUGCCGUAAUAUAAUAACAAUAUCUGGUGCCGGUAUAUCGACUUCUGCUGGAAUACCUGAUUUUCGUUCGCCCUCAAGUGGACUGUAUUAUAAUUUACAAAAAUAUAAUCUUCCAUAUCCUCAAGCAAUAUUUGAAAUUGAUUUUUUCAAGACAAAUCCUGAACCAUUUUUUGUAUUGGCGAAAGAGUUACUCCCAGAACACCUGAAACCUACAUUAAGCCACUACUUUAUUAAGCUGUUAUCGGAUAAAGGAUUAUUAUUGCGACACUAUACUCAGAAUAUUGAUACUUUAGAAAGAAUUUCUGGGUUGCCUCCUGAAAAGUUGGUUGAAGCCCAUGGGACAUUCCAUUCUGGGCGGUGUCUUGACUGCCGUGCCACUUAUGAUCUCUCAUGGAUGAAAAAAAAACUUUAUGACGAAACCAUACCAAAAUGUGAUAAAUGUUUAGAAGGUGUUGUAAAACCAGAUAUAAUUUUUUUUGGUGAAAUGUUACCGGAGCGUUUCUAUCAUUCAAUUAAUAAUGAUUUCCCCAAAGCGGAUUUACUUAUUAUCAUGGGAUCGAGUUUAGUUGUACAACCAUUUGCAUCGUUAAUUGAUAAAGUAAAAUCAACAUGCCCACGUUUGCUUAUUAAUAAAGAGAAAGUUAGUGUACAAGAUAGACUAUCUCGGUUUUUUGGUUUGAACCAUGGAUUUGUUUUUGAUCCCAAGAGUUCAGAAUGUGCUCGAGACGUUGCUUGGAUUGGAGAUUGUGAUACGGGCUGCAAAUUAUUGGCUGAGGAACUUGGCUGGAAUGAAGAAUUAGAAAAACUCAUGGAAAAUGAUCAUCGACGGAUAGACGCAGAGAAAUCGGAAGAAUCGAAAUAAUUUACUGCGAAUCAUUGUAUUUGAGUUUUUCUUAAAAAUAUUCAAUAUAAUAUAUAAUUACCUUA